CACGCCUUUCUUGGAAGUCUGAUUACAGUGCUUCAUUGUCCCCUCACAAGUAUUGUCAUGGUGACUUUACAUUUCUGUCUCCUGUACCUCUUUCUGCUGGCUACGUCUGGCCACUGCGCUGCUCCAGCUGAAGAAGAGAACCCAGAAUUCUGGAGGAAGCUGGCUAAGGAUGCCCUGCACUCAGCAAUCAACCAAAAACUGAACACAAACGUCGCCAAGAACAUCGUUCUUUUCCUGGGCGACGGAAUGGGUGUCACCACGAUCACGGCUGCGCGCAUCCUGAAGGGCCAGCUGCAGAAUCGCACGGGAGAGGAGACCGUUCUCACCAUGGACACUUUCCCUCACGUGGGCCUGGUCAAGGUGUAUAGUGUCGACUUCCAAAUCCCAGACAGUGCAGCUACAGGUACGGCCUACCUGUGUGGGGUAAAGACCAACCUGAACACAGUGGGGCUGAGUGCGGCAGCCCGGAAUGGGGUGUGUCGCUCUCAGAAGGGCCGUGAGGUCACCUCCAUCCUCAAAUGGGCCAAGGAUGCCGGGAAGUCUGUGGGCAUAGUUACAACGACCAGAGUGCAGCAUGCGUCGCCAGCAGCCGCCUAUGCCCACAGCGCCAGCCGGAAGUGGUACUGCGAUUCAGACAUGCCCGCCUCAGCGAAGAAAGAGGGCUGCACUGAUAUCGCCUCCCAGCUGCUCAAUAACACGGACAUCGAUGUGAUCAUCGGAGGAGGCAGGAAGUAUAUGACCCCCAAAGGAACCCUGGACCCUGAGUAUCCGGCGGAUGCCAAAGCAGCGGGCAUGCGGGGAGACGGCCGCAAUCUCAUUUCCGAGUGGCAGCAAAUGAAAGUGGGAAAGCAGGUGGCGCGCUACGUGUGGAACCGGACCGAUUUUGACGCCGUUGACCCCAGUAAUACAGACUACCUUCUGGCAUUGUUCGAACCCGGGGACCUGCGUUUCGACGUGGAGAGGGACCCUGCAAUGGAUCCCUCCCUGCCUGAGACCACAGAGAAGGCCAUUCGCAUCCUGCAAAGAAACCCCAAAGGGUUUUUCCUCUUUGUGGAAGGCGGACGAAUCGACCAGGGCCACCACGCUAGCCGGGCAUCCAUGGCGCUGCAUGAGACGGUAGCCCUGGACACCGCCGUGGAGAGAGCGCUGCAGCUGACCAGCGAAAACGACACCCUGACCUUGGUCACCGCUGACCACUCGCACUCUGUCUCCUUUAACGGCUACCCAUUCCGUGGGAACAGCAUUCUGGGGAAAUCUCCAUUAUUUGGACUGGACAUGAUGCCUUACACCACACUGAUGUACGGAAACGGUCCAGGACAUAAAAUCAUCGAUAACAAGCGACCGGACAUCCGUGGGGUGGACACAGCAUCAAAGGACUACGUGCAGCAGGCGGCCGUACCCACGGAUUCGGAGACCCACGGAGGUGAGGAUGUGGCUGUUCUGGCCCGAGGCCCCAUGGGACAUCUCUUCCACGGAGUGCAGGAGCAGAGCUACAUCCCUCACGCGCUCGCCUACGCCGCCUGCAUCGGCCCCGACCAGAGCCACUGCCCGCCACCCCCCACUCGAAGCUCCUCCCCCGUCCUGAGGGUCAGUGGGCCCAUCAUCCUCCUCAGCCUCCUGCUAGCUGCUCUGCUUCACUGACAACUGGGUAUCUUUUCAACAUCCUCCCCCCCAACUUCACCCAAGCACCAAAAUCUCUUUCUGUCCUUUGUUCCCGUUUCAGUCCAACUUGGUAUGAAGCCAUUGUAAUGCUGCUUUAUGAAUAGUUGGAAAAUGAUGAUUCAAUAAACUUUGGAGAAGUAGAUGUAA